GCUCGCAUUUCAUACCGACGUACUUCUACGAGGGCAGUGUGCAUGAAUGAACCAGUAGCGCUUUGAAGGAGUCGAGGAGCAAAACAAGCAUAGUGGAAGGAAAGCAAAUACAAUGUCGAAUCAAUUUCAAAAAGAUUUAAUUCAUCAAUAUAAAACUACCUGCAAUAAGCUGAAGAAAAUACAAAGAGUGUUUUUCAAACACUUUGCCCCCAAUGUAUCGGAAGUGGCAGAAGAGUUCGGAUCUCUGGCCAUUAGCUUCAAUAAUGCAUUCCAGCCAGAGUACGCUGCGCUAUGCCAUAUGGGCCAAGGAAAAUGCGAGAAGAUGAUCGGAAACGAUGCAGCCGAAGUGGACGCCCUGUUGAAAGCAGCUCGUGCCUUCCGGAAAGCCCACAGCCAACAAACCAAGCUAAAAAUCGAAAACACCUCAGCUGAUCAUCUGGAGGGAGCUUUCCGUUGUUACACACAGGCUCUGUCCAGACUGCCGGACGAUUCGGUGAUAAAAGCCGCCAUCAUUCGAGAGCUGAAGGAGAUCAACCCAAGUGUGGAAAUCACCAGCAACUUCAGCUCGCCGAGUCAUCGCAUCUGGGAUCUGGAGCAAUCUGCAGAAGAGAACAUCAAGUCUCGGGAUUAUGUGGCAGCGUUUGAAAAGCUGACAGAAAUCUAUGAUGAUGUCACGGAACGACGAUGUGAGGAUCUGUAUCUGCAGGUGAUGCAACGGGUUGAAGUAUCUCGAUUGUUACUUCUAUGUCUGUUACAGCUUCCUCCAUCGGUCCGGUAUGAUGGUAAAUUCAUUGAGCGCUAUUCCUCCAUUGGAGAAGGCCAUCAGAGCAUUGUCAGCCCCAGUGGCAAUCUGAUUAUUUCAGAAAAUUUGUUCUUUUUGCUGCAGUCACUUGUGGUUUCCUGCCAAGCCAAAGAUAUUGAUUCGUUAAUUACAGUAAGGGAUGAGCUGAGUCAUUGCCACGAACUGAAUGAAACCCAACAGUUCUUGCUAGAUGAGCUCGUCUCGAAAUACUCUAAAUGAUAUUAAGUAUGAAUAGUAAAGUUAUAAAUGUAGAACUUACAUUAUGCACUGAUUAUAACAGAAUACAUUAGGUGUGAAAAUAAUAGAUAUGCUUAAAUAACAUGUACAUGAUAUUUAUAGAAAACAUUUAGAGCUAGGUUUAUUAGUAAACUGUUUUUCUCCUUACAUGACUACAAAUUACAAAUAACUAAACAUUGAAUUCCUGUUAUAAAUAGAACUGUUAUUACGCAGCUGAAAGGUGAUCCAAAUCUCUGCAAUUGUAAUUGUUAUAAUUGAUCUAUACAAAAACUGAUAAAAUCAAAUAAAUGAGGUGAAUUGAAAACAGAUGUAUCUACUUUAAUCAGCGUAUAAAUUUGAUAGCACUCUAGUCUAGUUAUAUGUAUUAUUAUUUCAAACAAUAAAUAUAAUAAAAUGGAAACCUUUAA